CCAGCACAGCACCGGCACGCACGGGCAUGGGCAUGGCAUCGGCCACCAGCUCCCGCCACCUCCUCCUUCUCGUCCUUUGGCUCAGCGCGUCCGCGAGCACCACCUGGGCCCAUGGAGGCGGCGGCGACCACGACGGCGACGCGGACGGCAGCGCGAAGGCGAAGCCGGAUCUGCGGGCGCCGGGGCUGGUGGCGGUGAAGCUGUGGUGCCUGGCGCCGGUCUUCGCGGGCACCCUGGCCGGCGGAGUGUCCCCCUACUUCAUGCGGUGGAAUGAGGCGUUCCUGGCGCUGGGCACGCAGUUCGCCGUCGGCGCAGUGCAGCUGGCCGGCGGUGUAAAGGUGGCAGCUGCGCCGUGCGCGUACGUUUGGUUAAAUCUAAAUGCAAAUUUGCUCCCUUUCUAUUCUGGGGCGGGCGCUACGUGCUACGUGAUUGGAGCGCUGGAGGAGGGCAAGCUGAGCAGCACCAACGGCAACAGCAUCGAACCACAAACAUCUGACGCGCACGGACCGUCGACUGCAUCCAUGCUGCGCAGCGCGAGCACCCUCGGCGACGGCGUACUCCUCAUCGCCGCGCUCUGCUUCCACUCCGUCUUCGAAGGCAUCGCCGUCGGAGUUGCUGAGACGAAAGCCGACGCGUGGAAGGCGCUGUGGACCAUCAGCCUGCACAAGAUCUUGGCCGCGAUCGCCAUGGGCAUCUCGCUGCUGCCGAUGCUCCCCAACCGCCCCCUCCUCUCUUGCUUCGGCUACGCCUUCGCCUUCGCCGUCUCCAGCCCCAUCGGCGUCGGCGUCGGCAUACUCAUCGACGCCACCACGGAGGGCCGGGUGGCCGACUGGAUCUACGCCAUCUCCAUGGGCCUCGCCACGGGCAUCUUUGUCUACGUCUCCAUCAACCACCUCCUCGCCAAGGGGUACAAGCCCCAGAGGCCCGUCGCCGCCGACACGCCCCUCGGCCGGUGGCUGGCCGUCGUGCUUGGCGUCGGUGUCAUCGCAGUCGUCAUGAUAUGGGACGCCUGAAUUCGUGAUCCAUGAGAACUAGAACCAUUUACCUAUGGAUGUAAGCCUAUUGUGCUGCUAUAAGUUUCUGCUAGUUGGACACCAGAUUUGCAGUACCAGCUCAUCAAAUGAAGCAGCU